AUGGAAAGCAGAUGUCCUCUCUGUUUCAAAAAUUUCCCCACUGGAAUAUUAGAGUCUCAUGUUAACAUAUGUUUGGAUCAGUUGGAGUUGAAGGAUCCUUCCCUGCUUAACAAUCAGCUACCAACAAGGCUGAAAAGAAAGAACGAAGAUGCAGUCUCUACUAAUAAAGGAUCCAAGGACGUAUUUAGUGCUUUAGGAUUAAGGAUAGAUUCCUCCGAAAAGAUCCGUAAGACUGAUCAGAAGAAAGUACAAAAAGAACGACCCACAUUAACCAGUAUACUCAUUGCAGAGAGAAAGCUUCGAGCAAAGACCAAGAGAGGAGCGCAAGACUUAAUCACUACCAAACAAGAAAAAGACUCCGACGAGCCAAUAAUAGAAAUCAAGAAGGAGAAGGAGAAGGAUGAAACCUUUUCUGUACAAAGCCAGGAAACUAAAAAAGUGGAUUCUCCAAGAAUAUUAAAUCUGCGUCAGAUGGCAAAUGAAGGGAAUGAAGUCGAUGAACAAAGUAUUCAAUAUUUGAGAAAAGAUUCAACUAUACCUCUUGCUCAGCGUAUCCGUCCAAAGAAACUUGAAGAUUUUAUAGGACAAGAGCAUCUUUUAGGAGAGCAGGGGAUUUUGAAGAAUAUUACCCAAUCCGAUAUAAUUCCUUCGUUUUUGCUCUGGGGAUUACCUGGAGUUGGAAAAACGUCAUUGGCAAGAAUAGUGGCAAAAUCUGCCAACUAUAAAUUUGUAGAAGUGUCCGGCUCCGAAGGAAAUGCCAAGAAACUAAGAGAAGUAUUCACAACAGCCGAUAACGAAAAGAAAUUAACCGGCAGGAAAACUAUUUUAUUCCUUGAUGAGAUCCACAGAUUUAAUAAAGCGGUUCAGGAUCUUCUACUACCAGUUAUUGAAAAAGGAACCUUGACUGUGAUAGGGGCCACUACUGAAAACCCAUCUUUCAGCCUCAAUAAUGCCCUACUUUCGCGUAUGCAUACGUUUGUGAUGCAUCCUUUAUCUACAGAUGCCAUUGUAAGGAUAAUAUACAAAGGCUUAUUUCAAAUAAACAGGACGCGGAAGUAUAUACAUGGAUUGCACCACAUUGCUCUCAAAAAAGAUGCCGCUAAUUAUCUUGCGGAACUUAGUUCAGGUGAUUCCAGAACCGCCUUGAACUUAUUGGAAACCCUACAUGCAUAUCUCUCUAAUUCGAAUUUCUCUAGCUCGAAUGAUAUCAAAAUAGACAAAGGUUUGAAGAAACACAAAAAUCAUGGUAUUGUCGUUACUGCAGAGUUGUUGAAACCACUAUUAAGCUCUCAAAAUUUUGUUCUGAUGUAUGACAGACAAGGUGAUAUGCACUACGAUACUAUAAGCGCUUUUCACAAAUCAGUAAGAGGAUCUGAUGCCGAUGCUGCGAUAUUUUAUCUUACGAAGAUGUUAGCAGGAGGUGAGGAUCCGUUGUUCAUAGCAAGGAGGAUGAUUGUUAUCGCAAGUGAAGAUAUCGGGUUGAGGGAUAGCUCAUGUCUUCCUUUCGCCAUUGCUGCAAAAGAAGCUGUAGAAUUUAUAGGGAUGCCUGAGGGAGAGAUAGUCUUAGCUCAUUGUGCGGUGAAGCUUGCAAGAAGUCCGAAAUCAACAAAGUCCUAUCGAGCUUUGAGAAGUGCCCAAUCGCUAUUGAAUGAAAAACCAGAAAUCAGUGCUAUACCAAUCCCCUUGCAUUUGAGAAAUGCGCCAACAAAGUUAAUGAAAGAGCUAGGCUACGGCAAAUCGUAUAAAUAUAAUCCGAUUUUUAUAUCAGGAAAAGUUGAACAAUCAUACAUGCCUGAAGAAUUGAGUAAAGUGAAGUUUGUUGAGAAAGAACACUUGGGAAAAGUAGAGGAUCCUGAAGUUGACCCAGCCGAGCUAGAAAAAGCAAAACGAGCAGAUGAACUAUAUUUGAGUUUCAAAGAAUUCAAGCGAAGAGAACUCGAAAUGGAGUAUUUGAAAAAAGCGGAAAUAGAAAAGCGCUCUAAUAAUGAGAAAUCAAAAGAUUCUAAUGAAAGGGAGCGAUUAUCUAGGCUAAGGUUGAGAUUGAAAAUCCAGAGUUUACUUAAAAACGAUCCUAUCUUCCUCAAAGACAUUUUAAGCAAAAGCUCUAAUGAUUUAAAAAAUGAAGAUGCAAAACAAGUAAUUUCGUCCUCGCUUAAUGAUACUAGUCGCUCAAAAACUCAAGAGGACAGAAUCAACGAUUCUUCAAAUCCUGGCUACUCUUAUGACGAGUUUCUUAGCAAAGACGAUCAACCGGAGUAUUUUGACGGAGAGGAAAAGGAUCAAUAUUCAGAUGAUCCUGAUUGUACAAAUAAUUUUGAAAGAUCUUAUGACGAAUUCCAUGAUGUAGCUGAACAGUCGUCUACGUACCGAAUGGAUGAUGAUGAUACGAACUACAUGCCAGAAUACCCUAUUUCUUGA